UUAAUCAGAGAUUGCAAAGCUUAAUCUCCUCUCAGCCUCUCUCUCUCUCUCUACAAUCCUCACCAUAUUUCAUUCAUCUGCUCAGUGGCCUUGGUCGUGUAUAGAUUUUCUCUCAGAACAAAACGAAACCGUCAAAUUUGGAGAGAGAAAGAGCUCAGAUACUCUGAAACGUUUGUUACUAUUCACCAACUGCUCUCCUGAAUUUCGACCUUAAAACGAUCGGUUGAUUAUUCGAUCCUUAUCUUCUGUAUCAGUUUUUCAGUAUUUGAUGAAUAAGGUGAAGAAAAAUUUGGAGGAUCACAGUUGUGAGUUUAUGGUGGAUUACUAUUGAACUCAGAUGUUAUUUACAGAGAUAGUUUUGAUUGAAAAACACAUCCCAAUCCUGUCAAUUCUGUCUCAAUUGUUCAAGUUGAUUAAAGUGGGAGCUAUUCUAUUGUUCUAGCAUACAAGGCUUGUCUACAUUAGUGGGUGGAGUGUAUGUCUGGGGCAUUGCGAAUGCACUGCAUAUGGAGUGCAGGAAGCAAAGAACGAUGCAGAUAGCAGGCCCUGUUAUUGCUGAUUUUAUCCUUAAUCAUAUUCGCCAUUAUCUGAAACUUUUUGUGAAAUCAGUUCUGCCUGAACAGCAUUCUGCGUGACCAAGUUAAAAUAUUGUUCAGCACCUUACUUUUCUUUGGGUAUUACAUUGGGCCUCAUGCAACGGCAAAGGAGUGUCGUUGAUUCUUUCCCUGAAACUGUUGAUCUUAACCAAGGAUCUGUUUCUAAUAACACUGGUAUGAAUCAGUCAACUGCCUGGGAUAGCAUACCAAAUCCAACAGAAAGCCGGUUGUUAAAUUACAUGCUUUCUUCUGGUGAGGGGAACUACACAUGCACAAAUCCUGUUAGCCAUAAUGUUCGGAGUUUUAGUGGCUGGGACUCAGGUGAAUCUAGUUCUGGUGUGAAUCUGAAUAAUCAAGUCAUUGGUGAUGGUUUAGAAAUGGAACAUGGUCGGUCUUCUGUGUUUGGUGCUUGUGCUGGGGUUGAUACAAGAUCAGUAGAAAGGCGAUUUGAACAAUCUAAUAUCCUUCCUCACCAGAGUGUUAAUUCUGGGCCUAGUGGCAAUCAGGCUGCAGCACCUUCAACUAUGCAGUGUUCCAGUUCUAAUAAUAACAAUUUGAAUGUAAAUUUAAAUGCUGGAUAUGUGGAUGUUGGUCAUGAUGAGCAGGCCAUGGGAGCAGGUGCAUGCCCAAAUCUUUACAAGUUAAGUGGAUCAAGGGCAGAGCAGAUUUCAUCUACUAGGGCAUCUUGUGAUGAUGUUGGGACUUCCUCUGGUACUUCUGGUUACUUGGUGGAGAAAGAUGGUGGAACAGAUUCUCCUUUGGGCGGUUGGUCAUCCUGCAAGAGAAAGGCCCUUGAAGUCAAUUCUGGACAGUCUUAUACAGGUGGGAGUUCAAGCUGUUUCUCCCAAGCUGAAAACAUUGCACGACAUUCUGUUCCUGUACGUCAUAGUGCAUCCAGCAGCUUAAGCAUAUCUUCACCCCCAAUGAACUCUCCCAGUGCUGGUAUUACAGAGCAGUUGAACCCAAGAAUUGGGGUUGGUACGAGGGGAGCAAUUUCUGAUGUCUUUCCUCCUCUUAGUGUUGCUGAAAACUCCCCAAGAAAUUUUGGUGCAACAGUAAACCAAGGGUAUCAUGAACCUAUUCAGUUUAAUAUACCACCAGGGAAUGCCACAAGGCAUUCUAAUGUUUGCCCCCCUCACCAAUCAUCUAGAUCUCUCUCAUUUACCGAUUCUUUGGACUUUAGAUCAACAGCUUCAGCGACGAACAAUUCAAGCAUUCAUCGGAAUCAGUUUCAUUCAAUCCAUGUCCCUGAACUGUCAAGGAAUGCUCUUCCUUUCCCUUGGAAUGGGGCCCUUAACUCAAGAGGUGGAACUUCAUCAACUUCUCUUAUGCUUUCUGGAGAGAGAGGUGCUCCAUUACGCGAUGAAGCAAACUUCAGAAACAACCCGAGAAACAACACUGACCACCCCAUGUUUGUUCCCGCAACUGAGAUGAGAAAUUUUGUGCAAGAACCAACUAAUUGGAGUUUGGCCAGUGGAAAUUCAAGCACUUCUAGAGGUGUUCCUUCUAGUUCGCAAAUUGGCCCCAGUUCCAUUGUAUGUCCUCCCUCUACUACUUGGAUGCCUCAUUCCACUCCCCAAACACAAAAUCAGCAAAGAAGAUCAGAAUUUUCUCCUUGGACUUUGUUUCCAACUUUCGACUCCGAGUCUGGAGGUCAGAGAAAUAAUUUUCCACCAUUGCAUGCGGGUCCUUCUUCUUCCUCAGAGGAAAUAUCGAUGUCGCCUGGAGCUAGUAGCCGUGUUCAUCAUUCACCACAUCCAAGGUCCGCAUUGUUGAUGGAAUUACCAGGCGGCGAUGAUGUUAAUGGUUGGCGUGUUUUAGCUGCUGACAUUGAGGGGAGACAGAGGCUGGUAACUGAGAUACGUCAAGUUUUGAAUGCCAUGCGUAGAGGCGAGAAUUUACGAGCUGAGGAUUAUAUGCUCUUUGAUCCAUUUAUAAAUGGUGUUGCCGAGUUGCAUGAUAGACACCGAGAUAUGAGGCUUGAUGUUGAUAACAUGUCUUAUGAGGAACUGUUGGCCUUGGAAGAACGCAUAGGAAACGUGAACACAGGAUUGAGUGAGGAAACCAUCUUCCAGGCUAUUCCACAGCGAAAACAUCUCUCUAUCGCAGAAGGACCCGUCCCAAAUUUGGAGCCAUGCUGUAUAUGUCGGGAGGACUAUUGUCUCGGAGAUGAUAUUGGGACAUUGGAUUGCAACCACGACUUCCAUGUCAAUUGCAUUAAACAGUGGCUAAUACAGAAGAAUCUAUGCCCCAUUUGCAAAAUGAAGGCACUGGAUGCUUGAGAGGGAACACCUCUAAUCUCAGAGACCAAAAAUAUUUAAAUUGUGAAUGGACAUUAAACCCGUUGAUUCGGUUGAUAAUAUAGUACUGUAUCUCAAUCCUUCUCUGAAACCACUUUUUUCUUACUUCUUCAUGAACACUGCAUGGGUUCAUGAAAAGAAGAAAGAAUUGUAAGUUACAGGAGAUUGGAGCAUGAGUAUGGGAUACUGUAUACCCUCAAUGGAUAAUUUAAAAGCUAUCGAAAUAAUAGUACUGAUGCUAUCAAACUUUCAGAAAUGCAUUCUAUGAUAGUAAUGUCGACAAUUUCAAAUUUUUUUA